AUGCUUAGCUUGGUGAGGAGGAGUAGUGAAAGUGAGUGGCAAUGGUUUGAUGAGGACAGAAGGGCUGGGAAUAAGGACUACGAUGAAGGGCAGCAAGGUCUUAUAUGGACACUCGGCCGGCAGCUCGAAAAAGCAAAUGCAGGGCCUGACGAAUCAAGACAAGCCAUAGGAAGGGACAAGAAAAGGGCCCAUCAGAAGACUCAGGGACUGGGAACCACGUAUCGUAGUCGGCCGGGGAUCUGUGCCGUACCAGAUCGCAGCCCACCAUCACAGGCGUACAGUGCAGUAGGGGCACCGACAUCCAAGUUGACGGAACCAGGGUGGGCUACACUGAGCCUCCAAUGUCGGGAACCGUGGAGCAUCUGCAAGAUCUCACGGGGACACAGGCGCCGCCGCCAUCUCAAGACGGAGGUAGCAACCACGCUGGUUGGGCUGUUUGACGACAAGGACCAUAGAGAAGGAUGA